AGCAGAUGGCAGGGCGGGCCGAGUUGACAAUCCCCUAAUCCCAUCAACGCCGCGGGGGCUGAGCAGAGACAAGCUGGGCCAUGGCGGGCACAGCGGGACGGGGGCACCUCCUGCACCCGCUACUUUUCCAGCUCUGCUGCGGUUGUCACGGGCUCCGCGUGUCCACGAGCACGCGUAUCCUCUACACGCUCCUGCAUGUCCUGGCCUCUGCUGUGUGCUGCCUCAUGCUGUCCCGCACUGUGGCUCAGGCUAUCACAGAAAAGGUGCCCUUCUCAGUGGUGCUGUGCCAACACCUGCCUGGGGGCACAGACUGUGAGCAGCUGGUGGGCUCCUCGGCAGUGUACCGGGUCUGUUUUGGCACUGCCUGCUUCCACCUGGCACAGGCUGCCCUGCUGCUCAACGUGCGCUCCAGCUCUGACUGCCGUGCGCAGCUCCACAAUGGGUUCUGGCUCCUGAAGCUGCUGGUGCUGGUGGGCCUCUGGGCCGCAAGCUUCUUCAUCCCUGAGGACAACUUCAUCCAAGCCUGGCACUACACGGGUGUCUGUGGGGGCUUCGCCUUCAUCCUCAUCCAGCUGGUGCUGAUCACAGCCUUUGCACACACCUGGAACAAGAACUGGCUGACAGGGGCUGCACAGGACAAGCGCUGGUAUCUGGCCGUGCUGCUGGCCACGGCUGCCUUCUACACCCUUGCCUCUGCCGCCUUCUCCUUCCUCUACAAGUUCUACACCCACCCAGCUGCCUGCCACCUCAACAAAGCACUGCUUGCCAUCAAUGGCAGCCUCUGUGGCAUCAUGUCCUUCAUCUCCAUCACGCCGUGCGUGCGGCUCAAGCAGCCACGGUCAGGGCUGCUGCAGUCCUCAAUAAUCAGCUGCUAUGUGAUGUACCUCACCUUCUCCGCGCUGUCCAGCCGCCCUCCAGAGAGAGUGCUGUACCAGGGGCAGAACCUCACUGUCUGCUUCCCGGGGGUCCGGCAGGAUGAGCUGCAGACAGAGGACACCACCGUGGCCGUGCUGGGCGCUGCUAUCAUGUACGCCUGCGUGCUCUUUGCAUGCAAUGAAGCCUCAUACCUUGCUGAGGUCUUUGGGCCCCUCUGGAUGGUCAAAGUCUACAGCUUUGAGUUUAAAAAACCUUCCUGUUGUUUCUGCUGCCCUGAGAAGAUGGAGGAGGAGCUGAGAGGUGAGUGCAGUGUCUGUGUGCAGGGAUGGGACAGUGGGCAGAGCCUGUGUCCCAGUCUGGGAGUGCCAUGCCCCCACACUCCCCCAGGCACCGACCAGACAUGUGAGCAAGUAGAGGAGAGUGCCAGGGGACAGUUCAUCAUCCAGGAUGAGCAGGACCGGGUGGUCUACAGCUACUCAGCUUUCCACUUUGUCUUCUUCCUUGCCUCGCUCUAUGUUAUGAUGACACUCACCAACUGGUUCAGCUAUGAGAAUGCAGUGCUGGAGACCACCUUCACACAUGGCAGCUGGUCAGCCUUCUGGGUGAAGGUGUCCUCGUGCUGGGCUUGUGUCCUGCUCUACCUGUGGCUGCUGCUGAGCCCCUUCUGCCUCCAUGGCUCCCCACAGCACCGACACAGCAGUACAGGGCCACGCAUCGUGCGGCGUCGACGUGCUCCACAGCGCAUCGACGUCUCCACAUAGUCCCUGCCAGGACAAGCUGCGCCCAGGGCUGGUCCCUGCUGUGCCCCGUGCCUGUGCCCUAGCCCUGCUUCGUCCUCCUGGCCUCCCCUGACCCGUGUCCCAGGAGACAGCAGUACCUGAGAGCCUGAGGGGAACACAGGGGGUGGAUGCUCCCAGGGAUACCCAAAAGGCCAGAGCCAGCUGGUGGCAGGUUGCUCAGCCCACUGCCUGGCUGCCCUGGCCUCACUGGGUGCACUGGGGGAGCAGGGCUCUGCCCUGGCUGCCACUGCUGUGGUGCAUUCACUGUAAAUACCUGCUUCAAUACAUUUUUAUACAAAA